GAGGAGCAUUGGUGGGUUUGCGCCUCUACCUCCUGGCUGGGCAGCUGGAGCAAGAAGAAAGAGGAACCGGGCCAGGGAGAGCUGACUCAGUCUCUCUGGUCUCCUCCUGGGUCCUGGCCGGCUGGAGGCUGGGUCUCUGUUCCCGCCUGCCGCCUCCCACCCCAGACCCCUCCUCCCCUCCUGCCGCUGCCGUUUCCUGUGGCUGAGACUCGCUCUGCCAUGAGCUCACCGCCCCUAAUGGGUUGCAGCUGCCUCGCAGUUAAAGCUCUAGCUACCCCCUUCUGGCCUCAGAGCAGACGGCCCACUCUGCCUCACCCCCCGCCCAUCUCCACCUCCCCCAACCCACGCUCACAGUACUGGCCGGGUCUGGAACACUGGGGGGUCUGUCUGCUCGCCCACACACCUUGGGGCUGGGUCUUUGCAUUGACGUGCUGAAAGCCGGUCUCUGGAGUGCCUGCUCUUGCUUCUCAGACUUUCGGGACUAGCGGGCAACUCUGGCUUUAGGGACUCAAAGUAAAACAUAGUUUUUUAUCUUCAGGCCAAAGGCAGGGUUUGGGGUGGGGGUGGGAAUUGGGAAAGCUACAUAGAGAACUAGACAAGGGAGGCAGUGAGCAUCCCCUUGCCUCCCCCUGCCCAUGUCCAGUAAGGAAAUCUGAUAAAGGGAACAUCAAAGCCAUCUUGAGAGAGAAGUAACUUUGCAAAGGAAUAGCCUGAGGGGAGUUGUUUAGGGCUUGGGAUGGAGAAAGAUAGUCUCAUUUAUUCACACAGGGAAGGCAAGUCUGGAGAAAGCAGGCAUGAGUCUUUUGAAGCAGUGGCUCCUGGUGGAGGUUGGCAGAGAAUCAGCAAAUAAAUAUUUACCAUCAAAGUCCUUUUGUGACUUUUCCCACUGCCAUCACCCAGUUCUUUGUAAUCCAAUGGCACAUGCUUUUAAAAUGGGUGAUGCUUUACAGCCAAUCUGGGAGAGGGACAGUGGCGCUAGAAAGACUCAAGACAGCUCUUUAGUCCUCUUUCCUGCUUAAUAAUUGUUCAUGGGUGGUGGCACCUCCACAUAAGAUAGGGGUCUCCGAUAGCAGGGGAGCAGCAUAGGUAUGUGAAAGCCCCCACCCUCCAGAGUCAUCUGUAAACCCCUGAUGUCCACGGAGCCUGUCUCUUCUCUCCCAUGGAAGGUCUCCGCAAUCCCAAUUCACAAGAAGCGGGGACAGCCCUGAGCAGAGACAGUCACAACAAAUUCUCCCUGGAUCUCCAAAGCCAUGAUCUCAGAAUUUAUUGGGUACACUGACUGUAGGCCUUCCCAGGCUUUGGAGAAGUGAUGCUUGGGUCUACAGCUUGGUCUUGUCUCUCCCAGGAGCCUGAGCCAGUGGAGGACUGUGUGCAGAGCACGCUCGCCGCCCUGUACCCGCCCUUUGAGGCAACGGCCCCCACUCUGUUGGGCCAGGUGUUCCAGGUGGUAGAAAGGACUUACCGCGAGGAUGCGCUGAGGUAUACGCUGGACUUCCUGGUGCCUGCCAAGCACUUGCUUGCCAAGGUCCAGCAGGAAGCCUGUGCCCAGUACAGCGGUUUCCUCUUCUUCCACGAGGGCUGGCCCCUCUGCCUGCACGAGCAGGUGGUGGUGCAGCUGGCAGCCCUACCCUGGCAGCUGCUGCGUCCGGGAGACUUCUACCUGCAAGUAGUGCCCUCAGCAGCCCAAGCACCCCGCCUUGCACUCAAGUGCCUGGCCCCAGGGGGUGGGCGGGUGCAGGAGCUGCCUGUGCCCAAUGAAGCCUGUGCCUACCUGUUCACACCUGAGUGGCUACAAGGCAUCAACAAGGACCGGCCAACAGGUCGCCUCAGUACCUGUUUACUGUCUGCACCUUCUGGGAUUCAGAGGCUGCCCUGGGCCGAGCUCAUCUGCCCCCGAUUUGUACAUAAAGGGGGCCUCAUGGUUGGACAUCGGCCAAGCACACUACCCCCUGAACUACCCUCCGGACCCCCAGGGCUCCCCAGCCCUCCACUCCCUGAAGAGGCCCUGGGUACCCGGAGUCCUGGGGAUGGACACAAUGCCCCUGCUGAAGGACCUGAAGGCGAGUACGUGGAGCUGCUGGAGGUGACGCUGCCUGUUAGAGGGAGCCCCAUGGAUGCUGAGACCCCCUCCGGCCUCUCUAGGACCCGGACAGUACCCACUCGCAAGGGUGCUGGAGGGAAGGGCCGGCACCGGAGACACAGGGCGUGGAUGCACCAGAAGGGCCUGGGGCCUCAAGAUCAGGAUGGGGCACGCCCGCCUGGUGAGGGGAGCAGCACCGGAGCCUCCCCAGCAUCUCCCCCUGGAGCUGAGGCUUUUCCAGAGGCAGCAACGCUGGAGGUAGCCGAGCCCCCAGCAGAAGCACAGGGGGAGGCCUCUGAAUCUUGCCCCCUGAGGCCAGGGGAGGCUGGAGGAGGAGCAGGCCAGGGGCCCGAUGGACUGCCCGGCACCCCUCGGAGAACAAGCAAAGGAAAUAGGAGAAAGAAACGAGCUGCAGGCAGAGGGGCUCUUAGUCGAGGAGGGGACAGUGCCCUGCUGAGCUCCAGGGACAAGGAAGAGACCAGCCACCAGGAAGCUCUUGUCAGUUUGCCUCCGCCAAGUGAGCAUGAACUCCCAGGAUGCAGCCUGAUUAAGGAGGAGCAUGAAGACUUGGGGAAACCAGAGUCUGAGCCAAAAGAGGAGCACAAACCAGCAGAUGAAAAGGAACCUGGGCCCCCAGAACUCUGUGGGCCUAUAGAAGAGAGAGAAGGAGAGAGAGAACAAGAGGGGCCAAGCCUGGUGUGCAUGGCAGGACCCACAGGUCCCGACGGGCUCCUGUCUGACCAUCCAACACCUCCCCCAGAGACUGUGCAGGAACUGAAAGGGGACAGUGUCCCAGAAGAGGCCCCUCCAGCUUCCAUCUCUGAGGACCCGGAUGUAGCUUGGGACUUGAUGGCAUCUGGAUUCCUUGUUCUGACUGGAGGGGUGGACCAGAGUGGGCGAGCUCUGCUGACCAUUACCCCACCGUGCCCUUCUGAGGAAGCCCCACCCACCCGAAACGUGCUGAGCACCGCUCUUCGUUACCUCCACUCACUGCUCAGGCCUGAUCUACAGAUAUUGGGACUGUCUGUCCUGCUCGAUCUUCGCAAGGCACCCCCACUGCCUCCAUCUCUCAUCCCUGUCCUGAGUCAACUUCAGGACGUGGGCAACCCCCCCAUUAUUCAGCGGCUGCUGCUUCUCACUCAUGAUGAACCUCCAACUGAACUCCUUGAACUUCAGGCUGCUGAGUUGCUGUCAGAGAAUGAUCUGAAAAAAGCAGUCAAACCAGAGGAGCUGCAGUGGGACUUGGGAGAUCACAGAAACCUCUCUCCAGGCUACUGGGUAGAGACACACCAGGAGGUGGCCAGGCUGUGCCGGCUGUGCCGCGGAGUGCUGGGCUCCGUGCGGCAAGCCAUCGAGGAGCUGCAGGCAGCCACAGAGCCAGAGGGAGAGGAGGCCGUAGGAAUGCCUGAACCCCUACAGAAGGUGCUGGCAGAUCCCCGGCUGACAGAGCUGCAGAGGGAUGGGGGCGCCAUCCUGAUGAGGCUGCGCUCCACCCACAGCAGCAAGCUGGAGAGCCCCGGCCCAGCAACACUGUAUCAGGAGGUGGACGAAGCCAUUCACCAGCUGGUGCGACUCUCCAACUUGCAUGUCCAACAGCAGGAGCAGCGGCAACGGCAGCGCCGGCUCCAGCAGGUGCUGCAGUGGCUCUCGGGCCCAGGGGAAGAGCAGCUGGUGAGCUUUGCAGCGCCUGGGGAUUCUCUCUCCACCCUGCAGGAGACAGAGCUGAGAUUUCGGGCUUUCAGUGCCGAGGUUCAGGAACGCCUGGCCCAGGCACGGGAGGCCCUGGCCCUGGAGGACGACACAGCUUCCCAGAAGGUUCUGGAUGUCUUUGAACAGCGGCUGGAGCAGGCUGAGAGUGGCCUUCAUCGGGCCCUGCGGCUCCAGCGCUUCUUCCAGCAGGCACAUGACUGGGUAGAUGAAGGUUCUGCCAAGCUAGCAGGAGCCGGGCCAGGUCGAGAGGCAGUGCUAGCAGCCCUGGCCCUGCGGCGGGCCCCAGAGCCCAGCGCUGGCACCUUCCAAGAGAUGCGGGCCCUGGCCCUAGACCUGGGCAGCCCAGUGGCCCUGCGAGAAUGGGGCCGCUGCCGGGCCCGCUGCCAAGAGCUGGAGAGGAGGAUUCAGCAACAGCUGGGAGAGGAGGCGAGUCCGAGAGGCCACCGGCGACGACGGGCAGACAGCACCAGCAGUGGAGGAGCCCAGCGGGGCCCACACAGCCCCUCACCUAGUCUCAGCUCCCUGCUGCUUCCCAGCAGCCCUGGGCCAAGGGCAGCCCCAUCCCACUGCUCACUGGCCCCCUGUGGGGAGCACUAUGAGGAGGAGGGCCCCGAGCUGGCUCCAGAAGCAGAGGGCAGACCCCCCAGGACAGUGCUGAUCCGAGGCCUGGAAGUCACCAGUACGGAGGUGGUAGACAGAACGUGCUCACCCCGGGAACACGUGCUGCUGGGCCGAGCUGGAGGACCAGAUGGGCCCUGGGGAGUAGGCACUCCCCGAAUGGAGCGCAAGCGAAGCAUCAGUGCUCAGCAGCGGCUGGUGUCCGAGCUGAUUGCCUGUGAGCAGGAUUAUGUGGCUGCCUUAAGUGAGCCAGUGCCAGCUGCUUGGCCUGAGCUGACUCCUGAACUUCGGGGCACCUGGGCCGCUGCCCUGAGCGCCCGAGAGAGGCUUCGCAGCUUCCAUCGGACACACUUCCUGCGGGAGCUCCAGAGCUGCACUGCUCAUCCCCUACGCAUCGGGGCCUGCUUCCUCCGCCAUGGGGACCAGUUCAGCCUUUAUGCCCAGUACGUGAAGCACCGACACAAACUGGAGAAUGGUCUGGCUGCACUCUGCCCCCCGACUAAGGGCUCCACAGAGGGUAGCCCUCACAUACCCCAGGCUCUCCAGCAGCCCCUGGAGCAGCUGGCUCGGUAUGGGCAGCUCCUGGAGGAACUCCUAAGGGAAGCUGGACCCGAGCUGAGUUCUGAGCGCCAAGCCUUGGGGGCUGCCGUGCAAUUGCUCCGGGAACAAGAGACACGUGGCAGAGACUUGCUGGCCGUGGAGGCAGUGCGUGGCUGUGAGACAGAUCUGAAGGAGCAGGGACAGCUCCUGCAUCGGGACCCCUUCACUGUCAUCUGUGGCCGAAAGAAGUGCCUUCGACAUGUCUUCCUCUUUGAACAUCUCCUCCUGUUUAGCAAGCUCAAGGGCCCUGAGGGGGGUUCAGAGACCUUUGUUUAUAAGCAGGCCUUUAAGACUGCUGACAUGGGGCUAACAGAAAACAUUGGCGACAGUGGGCUCUGCUUUGAGUUAUGGUUCCGGCGGCGACGAGCACGAGAGGCAUACACCCUGCAGGCAGCCUCACCAGAGGUCAAACUCAAGUGGACAAGUUCUAUUGCCCAGCUUCUGUGGAGACAGGCAGCCCACAACAAGGAGCUCCGAGUGCAGCAGAUGGUCUCCAUGGGCAUUGGAAAUAAACCCUUCCUGGACAUCAAAGCUCUUGGAGAGCGGACGCUGAGUGCCCUGCUCACUGGGAGAGCCGCCCGCACCCGGGCCUCGGUGGCCGUGUCAUCCUUUGAGCAUGCCGGCCCCUCCCUUCCCGGUCUCUCACCGGGAGCCUGCUCCCUGCCUGCUCGCGUCGAGGAGGAGGCCUGGGAUCUGGACGUCAAGCAAAUUUCCCUGGCUUCCCCUCCAGCCCCAGAAACACUUGACUCUUCUGGAGAUGUGUCCCCAGGACCGAAAAACAGCCCCAGCCUGCAACCCCCCCACUCUGGGAGCAGCACUCCCACUCUGGCCAGUGGAGGGAUCUUAGGGCUAUCCCGGCAGAGUCAUGCCCGAGCCCUGAGUGAUCCCACCACUCCUCUGUGAACCUGGGUGAGUCAGUGUUCCCUUCCUACCACAUCCAGCACACCUUCUCUCUGGCAGGUACCACCCUUCUUCCACCAGCUGCUUGGGAGUCAGCCUUUUCCCAUUCCCAUCACCGUCUUCUCUCUUGGUUUCUAAAGAUCCAGAACUUGGCUACAGCCCCUCCUCUCAGGGCAUUUUAGGCUGGGGUGACAGUGGAACAUAACGGAGGAUUGGAAGAGCAUUUAAUUCCUUCCCUCAGCUUCCUGGGCAAAGAGGAAGUCAAAGGAUCAGCGCUUUUCCCAGCUACCACUAUCUCUAGUCCUCCCCGCCAGGUGCCUUCUCCUGCACGAACCAGAGUGGCCACACUUGCUUGCCUUCAUACCCUGGAGGUGGGGAACUUAUCCUACGUCCAGGCCUCCAUCCUGGGCCUUGGCACACUCCCAAGACAAGUCUCCAUGACAGCCCUUCCCCAACAGCCUGUGUUCUCCCCCUUCUUCUCACACAACUGCCAGGCCAAGUGUAAUUCCUGAUGACUCCAUUCUGAGGUGUCACAGGAAACGGAACUAUGCAAACCAUUAUAGCGAGGGGGUGGGCAGGGAACUGCAGACUUUAUAUAUGUAAUUACUGUUAUUAUUAUACUAUUGUUAUAUUAAAUGUAUUUACUCACACCUUGUCUCCAGAGAUAGAGCAGUCCCUCCAGGUGGAGAUAAUACUAACUUAAGCACUUGCCUUCACCCAACCAUUAACUAAAACACAGAAAAUAAAGCCAAGGCUGCAAGGUACCCUGUAUCCUUAUUGGCCUAAAGCUGGGUGGGCCUGGAUCUGGAAGAAUGAUCCCUCCACAUUGACUCCCAGUGGCUCAGUGCACCCUUUGAAGUUGCCCCUCUCAAGCUGCGCCCUACCUCUUGAGUCCUAGCUGGUCACAAACAAGCUGGCAUCCAUAACAGUCCAGCACUUCUAAAAAUGAAAUCCUCAGACCACAGUGCAUCAGAGCUCCUUGGCUACUUGUUAAGUGCUAAUUCUUGGGCUGCACCCCAGAGCUACUGAAUCUAAAGCCUGGAGGUAAAGCCCAAGACUCUGCAUUACUUAUCGAGCCCUUUAGGUGAUAGCUAAGUGCCUGAAGAGCUGACUCCUCUGGACAGAAUGGUCCAAGGAAGAGGACAGGACAUAGGCAGACAGACACAGUGCCCUGUGCCUCAAGACACCUGUUUAUUGGGGACACAACUCUGCGACAGGGAUGACAGGAAUCGUACCAAAAAUAGCGACGUCUACAGGGCCCCUGAAGGGGCUAGAAGGGUACAGUGCCCCCCACCCCCACCCAUUGUACAAAAAUAAACUCUCACGCC